AUGGCAACGAGACAUUUGAUAAAGGGCAAUGAGAAAGUAAUACAUUUCUCGGAUUUGGCCACCAUCGAAUCGAAUAAAGCUUUCUCUACUUUCGCGCUUCACACCACUGUAGUAAUAGUGUUUUUGUUUGGAUCCAGAAAGCUCGCAUCGUGGUUUCGUCCGAGCAUCUGUGAUUUUUUGAACGAAUUUAUCGCCAUGUUGGCCUACUGUGCAUGUUUUUACUCACAAGACGUCAUGUUGACGCAUUUCGGUUAUACUGGAUUAUUCUUUGCGAUAUUUUGUCAUAUGUACAUAUGCCAUUCUCUUAACGAAGGGCACGGUGAAAACAUGCCAGUUGUCAUUGUUGUUAUUCUUUGUGGAUUCUUCUGUGGUGCUGUUCUACACGCAGUCUUGAGACGGUUCCAUCGAGAUGAUAGGCAUCAUGAUGUGUGUAGCGCACUGAUCUAUGCAGCGGUCUUCACUUUUUCCCAUGCGGUCAUUGGAAUCUACGCUGCUCACCCUUUCAUCACCUUAUCCCGUCUUCUCGGUUGUAUGAAAGCCAUUAAUAUUAACAGUUGGCCAAUCCCAUUUAUUAUACACAUGAGAUACGAUGAAGCGCUAGAGGAUGAGAUGAAUGAGGAAAUCGAUUCGCAAAUAGAGCAAUGGAACCAUGGCUACAAUCUGAGACCAAGGAAUAACCGAUGA